AUGCCAACUUUCCUUUUCCUAUAUGGUGCUGCCUUUGCUGUAGUUCAUUUCUUUGCCCGGUUCCAACUUGUAUUCAAGUUGCAUUACAUUGGCCUCUGCUUGCUCUGCAUCCCCCGGAUGUACAAGUACUACAUACAGACAAAAGAUGUGGCUGCGAAGCGGCUUGCAAAGCUGUGGGUUCUUACAUUAACCCUUGGGACUCUCUGCUGGCUAGUUGAUCGCAUCUUCUGUAAAAAGCUUUCACAUUGGUAUGUCAACCCGCAGGGGCACGCAUGGUGGCAUGUGCUUAUGGGCCUCAACUCAUACUAUGCAAACACAUUCCUAAUGUUUUGUCGGGCUCAGCAACGUGGGUGGGAGCCGCGGAUCACACACCUUCUUGGAUUUUUGCCUUAUGUCAAGGUCCAGAAACCAGAAAAGAGGGAAUGA